AUGAAGUUGAACUGGAAUCUAUCGUUUAAUCACAAGCACAAGCAUUUGGUGGUGAAGUUUGUAGUUGCAAUUCUCUUAAUGGGUAUUGCUCUUCGUCUCUUUGUUUCUACCUCGACUGGGUAUUUUUCACCCAGAAUAGAGGAAACCCCUUUUCCUGAGAAAACUGUGGCUGCCGAGCAACCAAUCUCUGUACAAGUUCCCCCAGAUGAACCAAUCUCUGUAAAAGUUCCACAAGAUGAACCAAUCCCUGUACGAUUUCCACAAGAUGAAGAUCAGGAUCAGAUACCUUUACCCAGAAAAGAAACUCCUUUUCCUGAGAAAACUGUGGUUUCAGAGCCACCGAUUUCUGCAGAAGUUCCAGAAAAUGAUCAGGAUCAGAUACCUCCCCUUAAAGGAAAGUGUGAUCUUUUCACUGGGGAUUGGGUUCCAAAUACUUCAGGUCCAGCUUACAAUGAGAGCUGCCCCAUUAUUGAAAAUCCUCAGAAUUGUAUAAGGAAUGGGCGGCCUGAUACAGGAUAUCUAUACUGGAGGUGGAAUCCGCGAGAUUGUGAAAUGCCAAAAUUUGAUCCAGAGAGAUUCCUUGAAAUGAUGAGGAAUAAAGCAUGGGCAUUGAUUGGUGAUUCGAUAUCUCGCAACCAUGUCCAAUCAUUGCUGUGCAUGCUCUCUACGGUUGAACGAGCAGUUCAAGUGUACCAUGACAAGGAUUAUAGGUCCCGAAGAUGGCACUUUCCAUCUUACAAUUUCAGUGUCUCAGUUAUUUGGUCCCCUUUUCUUGCCAAAGCUGCUAUUUUUGAAGACUAUAAUGGUGUGGCAACAUCUGAAGUUGAGCUGCAUCUUGACAAGCUUGAUAGGACAUGGGUGGAUCAAUACCACAGUUGGGACUACAUGGUAAUUUCAACAGGGAAAUGGUUUCUCAAAACUGCAAUCUACUAUGAGAACAAUGAAGUGCUGGGAUGCCAUUACUGUCCUAAAAGGAACCUAACAGAGUUGGGGUUUGAUUUUUCUUAUCGCAAAGUCCUGAGUUUUGUGAUGGACUAUAUAGUAACGUCUGAUUACAAAGGCAUGAUCUUUUUUAGAACGUCCACUCCUGAUCACUUUGAGAACGGGGAGUGGUUUAAUGGGGGAAAUUGCAAGAGAACAGCCCCAGUUAAAGAAGGUGAGGUUGAACUGAAGGAGGUACAUAAGAUUCUGCGUAGAAUUGAACUAGAGGUGUUUGAGAAGGCAGCUGCAGAAGCUUCUAAAAGUGAGGUGAAUCUCAAACUCCUUGACCUUGUCCCGCUUUCUUUGAUGAGGCCUGAUGGGCAUCCAGGUCCAUAUAGACAUUAUCAUCCAUUUGACCACGACAAAAACGCAAAGGUUCAGACUGAUUGUUUGCAUUGGUGCUUACCAGGGCCAAUAGACUCUUGGAAUGAUAUAUUAAUGGAGAUGGUGGUAAAUGGCUGA